UGGCUAGCCUCUAUGUCAGUAACUGCAACCAAAUGAAUUCACUCCUGGAGACAGAGGACAGUCAUCUAGUAACUACAGCAUUAGCCAAAGUGACAGAAAUUGUGCUUCCUACCUGCUCUACACCAAAGUCAACCAAGCUAACAGAGGUCAAAGGUUGUAGAUCCUGUGCUGAGGGCUGGGUGUCUCGUGGAGGGAAAUGCUACUUCUUCUCUACUGAUCAGAUGAACUGGACUCAGAGUCGGGAUCACUGUGUCUCUAUGGGAGGUCACCUGGUCAUCAUCAAUAGCCGAGAGGAACAGAAUUCUUUGCAUUCAAGCAUCAAGUACAGGACACACUGGAUUGGACUGAAUGACUUGGAGACUGAAGGACGGUGGCUCUGGGUGGACAACAAACCUCUGAAUCAGACUGGAGUGCAAUUCUGGUAUUUAAGAUCAGGAGAGAAAAGUGAGCCUGAUAACUGGACCCAGGUGGAUACUUCGGGGGAGAACUGUGCUGCUCUGGGGACUGAAGGAGAUGUAAACAAUAUGUGGUUUGAUGCCUCUUGUAAAACAUUUAAGAGAUUUGUCUGCCAGACGCUUGGUGCCAAUUAAGAUCUCUUUUAUCUCUUAUCUUUUAGGGAAUAUUUCACUUUUUAAUGUUUAAUGUUAGACCUCAUUUUCCGCGUAGCAUUUGCUAAUUAUUACAACUUGUACUCUUUUUUUGCAGUUUAUAUGUUUGUGUUUGUGUGCCAAACAUAGAAAUGAAGAUGAUUCUAGUUGGUAUGCUUUGCUGUUUUAUAUGAUAUGUUUUGGCCAUUUUUGACAAUUCUUUGGUCUUUUCUGACAGCUCUGACUCUUGCAUAUUUCUGCCACAUUGUAUUUGGUAGAUGUUAGUAAGGCGUGAGUAAUCAAAAUACAAAUAGCUGAUGUAUAAAUGCUAUAAACAUGAAGAACAAACAUUUUUAAAAGCUUAUGAUGACAGCAACAAAUGGAGGAAUAUGGGGGAGAA